GCCCCGCGACGCGACGCCGGCUGGCGCAGCCCUUCGCUCGCCCGGCCUCCCCCUCCUUGGUUCCGCGCUCGGGUUCCGCCAUGGAAUCCAACAAGGAUGAAGCCGAGCGCUGUAUCAGCAUCGCUCUCAAGGCCAUCCAAAGCAACCAGCCCGAGCGGGCGCUACGCUUUCUGGAGAAGGCGCAGCGGCUGUACCCGACGCCACGAGUCAGCGCUCUGAUCGAGUCCCUCAACCAGAAACCACAGUCUGCUGGUGAUCAACCCCAACCCACAGACACAAGCCACACCACCCACAGGAAGGCAGGUGGGACCGAAAGCCCCUCAGCCAACGGCGAGGCAGGAGGAGGAGAGAGCACCAAGGGCUAUACCUCAGAGCAGGUGGCAGCUGUGAAAAGGGUCAAGCAGUGUAAAGAUUACUAUGAGAUCCUGGGGGUAAGCAGAAGUGCCUCCGAUGAGGACCUGAAGAAGGCCUACCGCAAACUGGCUCUCAGGUUCCAUCCAGACAAGAACCACGCGCCUGGUGCCACCGAAGCUUUCAAAGCCAUCGGCACAGCAUAUGCGGUACUGAGCAACCCAGAGAAAAGGAAGCAGUACGAUCAGUUUGGUGAUGACAAGAGCCAGGCUACCCGGCACGGCCACAGCCACGGGGACUUCCACAGAGGCUUUGAAGCAGACAUCUCCCCUGAAGACCUUUUUAACAUGUUCUUUGGUGGUGGCUUCCCUUCCAGUAACGUCCACGUCUACAGUAAUGGCCGAAUGCGAUACACCUACCAGCAAAGGCAGGACCGCAGGGAAAACCAGGGUGACGGUGGCCUAGGAGUAUUUGUCCAGCUGAUGCCCAUCCUCAUCCUCAUCCUCGUGUCAGCACUCAGCCAGCUCAUGGUGUCCAGUCCACCGUACAGUCUGAGCCUGAGACCGUCAGUGGGCCAUGUCCACAAACGAGUUACUGACCACCUGAGUGUCGUGUACUACGUGUCAGACACCUUCUCUGAAGAGUACACAGGCUCCAGCCUCAAAACAGUUGAACGCAAUGUGGAAGAUGAUUAUAUUGCCAACCUCCGAAACAACUGCUGGAAAGAAAAGCAACAGAAGGAAGGCUUGCUGUACCGGGCCCGAUACUUUGGUGACACAGACAUGUACCACAGAGCACAGAAGAUGGGCACCCCAAGCUGCAGUCGUCUGUCAGAGGUGCAGGCUUCCCUGCAUGGAUAGUUCUGGGCCAGCCACACCACCCAGACUAUGAAAUCCCUGGAAAAUUUUUGGUGACACCCACUGAGCCAACCAUGGUGAUGGACUGUAUAUUUAAGGAAAGGCAUACACAGAAAAAAUUAAAAUGGAACUGGAGGCCGAACACUGCACAACUUGCCCUCUCAGCCAGUGAAUGCAGAAAGCUCUUAGGACAGACAGAAAGCCUGCCACGGAGCUGCUUCCUCCCCUCCCAGGGCUGGCAAGAAGCUCCACAUCACCGGCUCCUAGGAUACCGAAAGAAACCAUGGCAACGAAAGUAGAAUGUAAAACUUCCAGCAAAUGUCUGUGGGGAAGAACUGGGGGAGGGGACACCCCACUGUCUCUCUUCCCCCCCCCCCCAGGAGCCCACCAGUCACUUCACUGGAGAAGCCAGGCAGAGGCAUGGGCCCAGGAACAGAGAGGAGAGAAUUCCAGAGAACAUAAUUUAGAAAUUCAUACGUAUGUAUAUAUAUCUAUUUAUAUGUAAAUAGACAUAUAUGAAGAUAUAUAUAUAAAGUCUUUUUAAGCUAUGCAGGGAUUGGGUUGAGAUAUUCAACUUAUUUCUUCUAUAUUUUAGAAAAUGACACUUGUUUGGGAAGGCAACCUGAUUUUCAAAACCUAGACAGUAGCCAUUUCAGAAAGUCAAGUUGGAUGCUCUUAGUGUCAUCCUUAGCCCCAGCCUGACUUUGAUGACAGCAGUAAUCAUGGUGGUAAAAAUCCAUAGAAAACUUCCAAAGGUCUCCAGGCUUGCUUAUGGUUAAGGUAGGGGAAGCAAGGUGUGGGUAGGGAAAGGUGCCCCUGAAGAUAGCUGCUCAGUACUGAGCCAUAGAGACCCCAGACAGGGCCUACUUGGAUGAGGCCAGCUCCUCACGCUGCCUCCUCCUUGGCCAGCCUCAGGUGGGCUCUCUGCCCUAACACCCAGGAGCCCUGCAUCCAGUCCCUUGCCCAUACCUCUUCCCCACCCAAGUCCCCAGGUGGGUUUGCCUUACAGGUGCCAUCGGGCACAGCUCCACCAUUGCCAGCAGGUUUUCUCUAAGUUGUCCACCAAGGACUCCAGAAGGCUCUUCCUCCAAAAGUUGACCCAGGACCUGAAUGCAGCCCAGCUUGUGAAGAGGAACCAGUGGUGUGGGUGCCUGGCUUCACCUCUGCAGUGGACUCCACCAGGCCUCUGCUUAUUGGAUGAAUAAUCCACCACAACCAGAAUGGCUUUCUCCUCCAGAUGAGGAUUUUUCUCAAAACAGGCCAUUGCUGCCAGGGGAAGGAGGGAGGUUUAAUCUCCUCCCACGUUUAUAAUGGGCCUUUGGGAAUUGCCAUUUCCCCUGGUUUUCCUAUGGUGGCGGGUGUGUCAUUGUACCUGCCAACUUCCAAAGCCUUACUUCCCCAAGCUGCCAACCUAGAGGUGGUAACUGUGCCUCCACGGUGUUUUGUUUUCUCUCUCUCUCUUUUUAAAAAUACAACCCCCUGACAAAUAGAAUUCUUGCUGGGAAAAGUUUGGUUAGGAAUUGUCAAAUCUGGUUGUUUUUUGUUUUGUUUUUGUGUUUUUAACAAAGUUCCACCCUGCAAUGAAGUGGCCACCUUGGCCUAAAGAAACAAUAAGAACUGGACAAAAUCCCGAGUACCCCACCCACAGUGGCCCUGGUGCUCUGCCUCCCACCACCCCAACUGCCUGGUCCUGGAAGCUGUCCCUAGAGGGGCUGAGCCAUGUGCAAUAAGAACAUAGAUCCUGAAGGAUCCCCUGACAAGCUGUAUUUCUUGAAUUAGAAUUCUGAUAUUGUACAUCUAUAAAUAUAUGUUUAUUAUGUGA